GAGAGAGGCUUGAGGUCAGCCAGGGUCUGCAUGAGGGUGACUUCCCAACUCCCUAAGAAUCCCACUCCCCAAAAAAACCCUCAUCCCACUCAACCCAACCCUCUCCAGGUUCACUCCUAGGCUCCUUCCCUCUCCCUCAGCUCCUCCAUUACCCCUGACUCCCCCAAGCCUUUGCACUGCGUCUUGACAGGUGCAGGAAAUACAGUUCUGUAUUGUAAUUUAAAUGUAUUACUCAAAGUUCUGUACUAAUAUGCCUAGUAAGGAAUCUAUUUGUAAAAAAAAUUAAUUACCAGAAUCAUUUUUUUUGGUCUGUAUUGUUACAGACAUAUUUGCUGACAGAUAUUUUGAAAUAAAUUACCAAAAUAAUUGAAACUGGCAUGAUUAUAUUGUGCUAUUUUGACAAAUAAAAUAUGCAGAAUUUUGCAGAAAUUUCAAAUACUGUGUGCAGAAUUAUUUUUUUGGUGCAGAAUUCCCCCUGGAGUAAAACAGGCAGACUAGGGUAGCAUAUGAUAGGAUAUGUGAAAUUGUUUGCCAGUCACUAUUAGUGAUCACACACUGGCCACUCUGCUUAUAUGCUGUUUUCGUCCUCAGUCUUCAGUCUAAUGUCACACUGAGAUAUUUUGGGAUGGGAUGGGAUUGUGUCUUAUCUUCUAGCCACAGAAGUCUAUGCAUGUGCAGUUCUGCUUAGGCCUUUCAAUUGUUUAGAUGGAAUGCUGACACAAUAGUUCCGGUAGGGUUUGGUUUUAGCUGGCAGUAUAAGAAAUAUUCAUCCAUAGUUUUAAGUUUCUUGAUUAGGCUAUAUUCUAUGAUAGACAGAUUCUGUGCCUGUGCACUCAAAACAGUGUCAUCAACAAUGCAUAGACAAAUUUCCAUGAUGAAGACUAGGGAAGGUUGCUCGUGUGAAAUAUUAAACAGGCUUGCGCUAGGACAGGCCCCUGUGAUAGGUGAUCACUCAGAGUGCGUGGCCUGCUGACCUAGUCAUCAAGGAAAAUGCGAAACCUGUGAUUGGUUAUAGUGAAAGUGACUUUCAGACCUUUACUUAAAGCAGGACUAAAAUAUCUGCUUUGCUAUUUAAAUGUUGAAUUUCUUCUCAAAUUUGACACACAGUUCUACAGCGGGCAAUGGAAUAUUGUGUGUUGUUUUAGAAAAACAUUUUGUAACUUUUGCAAAGGAAAUACUUUAAAAAUGCUCCUUUUUACUGUUUUAUUCACAUUUCUUUGGAUUCCUCUAUUGUAAAACAUACAUUUACACAGGCUUAAGAUUUCACCAAGCAACUCAUCUUUCAAUAUCUCAGGCACAGGCUAAGGUGUGGAACCUGAAAUAUUAAAGAUAUAAAACAAUUGCUAUAAUUUACUGUAAGCAAAGGAACCUGUAGGUCAUUAGAAGUGUCACUGAUGCCAUGCUCUGGUACAGAUCAUGAGGCUGAUGAGUGUCCUUUUUAGGGAUGGAGGUGUGAUGUUAUCUGAUUAAAAUAUGACCAUAUAGAUCAUUGUUGCAACCACUGUUAUAUAUUUGCAGCAAAUCUUGUACAAAGGUUGUCAAGUGAGGUGUCUAUGAAAAGGUUAUGAUUUUGCUAUCUGUAUGCAUGUAUCAUUUUUGUAUUUGAAGUUAUGUAUUGGCUCUAUACCUGGAGUUCAAAUGUUUGCUCCUGGGGUACCGCCCACAAGGUAGCUAGCCAGCACAUGUUGGAGGGACCUUUUAAAUUAAGUGGUUCAUCAAGAAACACUUGGUUGACAAUGGACCAUGGGAGACGCCCAUCUAAACUGUGUGGACUGUCAUGUUAAACAUGCUGUCUGGAGUGUAGAUAAUGGCUUCCUGCAAUGACUGAGCAAAAUUGGGCAUGAACAUGUGACUCCAAACUCCAUCUUGUUGCUGUAAUUUUCCACAGUAAGAACAAUGGGAUGCCCUCCACAUGGCAGAAGCUAUAAAAGGCUCUGGAAACACCUCCAUUUUGUCUUCAAUCCUGCUUCUUACCUCUGGAAGAACUUUGCUACAAACUGAAGCUCUGAACAAAGGACUGAAUGACUCAUCCAAGCUGUGGAUGUAUUCCAGAGACUUGACUUAAGCCAGCAGUUUAUUCCAUCGCUGCUACAAGCCUGAACCAAGAACUUUGCAAUUACUCCUGAAGAAUAACUGGUCCUUGCAAAUCUGCCAUACCUAGGGAUCAGUCUGCAGCUGCAGUUACUGCUGGUGUUUGGGGAAAGAGAAAGUGCAGCAGGAGGAAGUAGGGGCAGGGCAGCACUAGAAAUGUCUUGCCGUCUCUGCCUGAUGAAACCGUGCCUCAAGUGGACCCAAGCCAUUGCAAGCCCAUCAGCGCCCUGGGAUGCCAUCAGGUGCUCGAAUGCCCCAUCAGGGGGCUCCAAUGGGUCCCCCAGGCUCACCAUAUGUUGGAAGCCCCUCAGUGCGCCCUGGAAUGCCCCAAACAGUGAUGGAACCAACACGAAAACGCACAGCACCUCAGCAGGUACAACAACAGCAGGCGCAACAGCAGGUGCAACAGCAGCAGCAAGCAACUCAAACCCGAACCCGGAGAUCCGGGAGUUGGUUCCUGAGUCCCAGGCCUACAUGGACCUGUUAGCCUUUGAACGCAAACUGGACCAGACCAUUAUGAGGAAGCGGGUGGACAUUCAGGAAGCCCUGAAGAGACCGAUGAAGCAAAAACGGAAACUGAGGCUUUACAUCUCCAACACCUUUAACCCUGCAAAAUCUGAUGCUGAUGACUCUGAUGGCAGCAUUGCAUCCUGGGAGCUGCGAGUGGAAGGGAAGCUCCUGGAUGAUCUCAGCAAACAGAAGCGGAAGUUUUCCUCCUUCUUUAAAAGUUUGGUCAUUGAGCUGGACAAAGAUCUUUAUGGACCUGACAAUCAUUUGGUGGAGUGGCAUAGAACUCCCACUACCCAGGAGACUGAUGGCUUCCAGGUGAAGAGGCCUGGUGAUGUGAGUGUGCGGUGCACACUUCUCCUCAUGUUGGAUUACCAGCCUCCACAGUUUAAACUGGACCCACGACUGGCCCGUUUGUUGGGAAUACACACACAGACCCGAUCAGCAAUUAUCCAGGCCCUCUGGCAGUACAUCAAAACAAACAAACUGCAAGACUCCCAUGAUAAGGAAUACAUCAACUGUGACAAAUACUUCCAGCAGAUCUUCGACUGUCCACGGCUAAAAUUUUCCGAAAUUCCUCAGAGACUCACUAAUCUGCUGCUGCCUCCAGACCCCAUAGUUAUAAACCACAUCAUCAGUGUUGACCCCAAUGACCAGAAAAAGACAGCGUGUUAUGACAUCGAUGUGGAAGUUGAAGAUCCUUUAAAAGGACAAAUGAGUAGCUUUCUCCUCUCAACAGCCAAUCAGCAGGAGAUCACAGCACUGGACAACAAGAUUCAUGAGACAAUCGAAUCUAUAAACCAGCUAAAGAUACAACGUGAUUUCAUGCUGAGUUUCUCCAAAGAUCCCAAAGGAUACAUUCAAGACCUUCUCCGAUCCCAGAGCAGGGAUCUCAAGGUGAUGACUGAUGUGGUUGGGAACCCUGAGGAGGAGCGUAGAGCUGAAUUUUAUCAUGAGCCCUGGUCCCAGGAGGCUGUGAGCAGAUAUUUCUACUGCAAGAUCCAACAGCGCCGGCAGGAACUGGAACAGUCUCUGGGAGUGCGUAACACAUAAACAUUAUUCACAACCUCCCAUUGGCAUCAUGAAUCUAGAGCCAGUGGACGUCUGUGUUACUUAGCUCACUGUUACACAUGGACUUGCUUAAUGACUGGACAAGAAUCUGCCAUCAGCAACACCAGUCACAACACCAGCUUUAGCGUGACCCCUGAAAAUCCUGCUAAUGUGAGUGUCUCAAACCAUUCCAGGCCGGAGAGGGCACAAGAUUUCUAUUCCUCAUUGAGGUGUCCAUAUUAAUAAGGAUUAAAUGUUCAGCCAUCUACUUGCAUCAUUGAGUUUUAGUAGAAAGUUCAGACACUACACAGCAAACUUAUUGGACUAUACCAUAUAUUCAUGGGUGGGGGGGAUGCGGAUGCUAGAUGUUACAGGAGACUGUGGAUGUGGAGAAACAAAGGCGGUUCUCAUUCUUCAUGGUUUCAGCUGUGAUCUGAGAGUCUCCUAUGACAACUUUCUGCACUGAUAAUUCCCUGAAAUUGGACAAAAUGUUCUCUCUUCCAGCUGUGGAAUCAUUCAGUUACCCAAACACAGCUUCCAUUCCAACUGGAACUGGCCAAGGGGCUGCCCUCCCCCAUGGGAGAGAAAGAUUUCUGCCCAUUAAGUGACAAAACAUCUAAAAGGAAGAGGUACAGUCAGACCAUUCAUUCUGCAAGACCUUAUCCCAUUGAGUGAAAGAUGGAGUGAAGUCUGUUUCACCACACAAGCCAAUAACUCAUCAUGAUGCUCAAAUUUGCCAUGCUAAGAGGAAAAUAACUGCCUCUAUGAUAAGAAAACUGCCAGUGACAUAACUGGAGCCAGUAGUGGUGAGGUUGGAGCCAAAAUGAAGCAUUCUGGGAAAGUGGAAAUGAUCUAGUGGUGCUUUGUGUGUAUAACUGCUUUAGCUACAGUUAGUAUUACUGGAAGGCUACAAUGUAAGGUAUCUGAUUUCAUUAUUUCUAUGUUGUGCUGGCUGUAACAUUAGGAACAGUGCUCAAGAGACAUUUCCUCCUGAUUACUGAAGUGCUGCAGCGUCCAAGAUGUGCAACUUCAUAGCAUGUAAGAAAAUUGCAGUGACUUCUCUUCUCUGACUCCAUGGAUGAACCCUAUGUUUCAACCACAGAUGUACUACCUAUACCAGAAAAAACUUUCAACCCCUUUAUUUAAUCUGUAACUGUACUUCAGGAUGCUGCUGGGUUACAAGCACUAUCUGCCUCAGUCAAGUUCCAGCAGUAGAGAUUGAGAACUAGAAAAAACAGCUUCCCUCGAGAAGUAUAGGAGAUCCAGGCUAUGAAAAUUACAACCUAUUAAACAGCCAAGAAGUAGGGAGCAGUGGCACAUGCCCACUCUUCAAACUCCAAAUCUAUGUAGCUCCCAGGUCAGUCUGUAAUAAUAACCUACCAUGAUUCCCAGCCCAAAAAGCAGUUGCCAAAGUUGAAUGAAUGACAUAUUAAUGAUUGAGAAAUUGAACUCCUCUUCUGGGAUACUCCUACUUGCAUCCUUUUCUUCACUCUCAUGCAAGGAAAAAUAAGUUCAGGUUUGUAGUGCACUGUUCUUCUCAACAAUGUAGUUUGUUUUAAUAUUGCUAUCUCCUCCUCUGUCAUCUUUGCAGGUCUUCCCUGUUGGGGAAUUGUCCUCUUCUGGUGUACUCCUGAGUUUCCUUUGUCCAGUUCUGGAAGGGGACAUCCAUGCCUCUUCAUCCAUAUCUCUCUGCUUUUGUAUAUCAUAGCUUUCACUCUGACCAUUGUGUUCAGAGACCUGUUUGGGCGUUUGAAUUUGGAUUGUGAUGAUGUAACAGUCAGUACUAUCUUAUAAAUUAAUUUGGUGUGAGACAGAUCCCUGCUUUGUCCUGGAUAGUGAGGCCUUUUAUUGUAAAUGGGGGAGCAUACUCCUCAAUGCUUGGGCUAAACCGUUUCAAUUUUAAAACCACUCCAGUACUGCAGUCUUAAGCUAAGGCUAGAGUGGGAAUGUAAGGUUCCUGGGAUGUGAAAGAUAUUCAGCUCUCAUUUACUCCAUUAACCUGACCACAGGCAAAACAUUCUGAAGGGAAACAGAGUGAGUUAUCUGCAACUGUGCUUCCAUAUUUAUUAGGCUGCUGUAUCAGUUGUGUGCAUGCUAUCCAGUGUGUAGGCUCUUUUCAGUACAUGUUAAACAGAGCAGCUACAUUCAGAGGAUGGGUUCAGUCUCCAGGAAUAAGAAAUACAUAAAUAAAACUUGUUUGUUUGUGUGUGUGUGUGAGGAAAGGAAGAGCAGGGGCUGGGGCAUAAGUAUGCAGCACAUGUGCCAGAGAACUUUAGAUUAGGUAAAUUUUCCCCUUCAGGUGCCAGAUGGUCAUGUGUGGAGAUUCCAGCUGUGCUGCCUCCACUGAUAAGAGAAGAUGGAGUGGCAACAGCCUUUCUUCCUUAUACAAGUCUGACUCAGUCCAGGAUUUAAUUGGACAUUUCUAUUACCCCAGGUCUGUGCUUUCUGGUCAGGUUAUUCAGAAUCACCAUCAGUGUUGUUGCUUCCAACUUAGAUAUUUUUACCACUACAGUAUGUUAAUGCCAUAGAUUAACUAGCGAUAACACUGAAUAUAUCCAGCUAGAGGUUGUAUUCUCAGAGUCUCCCCCAAUGUUGUCCAGAAUUAUAUUCCCCAAUGAUUAUUCUUAGGAAUGGCUGAUGGCGAUCUCCCUUGGCUGAACUGAUUAUGGAGUUUGAUUUUUGUCGUUUAGAAACAGUCCUGCUCCUGCUCUUUUACUGAGGAAGUAAAGAGAGAAACAGUCCCUUGUAUUAUGGCAGUACAGCCAGGAGCUUGAGCCAAUACUGUAAGCAAGAAGGGAAAUUGUAUGUAGGGAGAAACAAUAGAACAGGAUUGGGUAGAAGCCGAACAGCAUUGUAAUAAUGGCAGAAUUUGAACAAUAAACUAAAUUGAAUAAACUUAAUGGAUAGAAGAGGUUAGGAAGGCUCUGGAGAAAGCUCUUAGCAGAUGAUGAUAGAGGCAAAUCCUGCCUAGUGCAGGGAAAGGGCCUACAUGGACUAAAAGAUCCUUUCUGGCUAUUCUAUUUUGAUGCUAUAGGACAACACAAAUCUAUGCAGUGUGCAACAAAAAAGUCUAGCAUCUGUCAGAGAAAGGGGGUAGAUAACAGCAUAUAGGUCCAUAUCUAUAUAUAUAUAUGGUGUAAACUAGAACCUAUAGCAGAUGACUGGGAACGGUUUAGUGCAGAAUCCAUGGUGUGCCAAUGCAUGGGGACAAGGAAGGUGCAUCUUGGAGUUAAACUGUGAAAUUGGCAGAUUUGUAACACUCUUUUAGUGAUCCCUGCUUUGCACAGUGGAUAAGGAUUCAGAGGCAGUGCUUUCUAGAAAGUACAGAAUGAAAAGACCUAUUUGGCCAUCUAGUCAGUUCCCCCAAAUGGGUGGCAGAAUACAGCGGUGGGAAGACAUGGAGCAGAGAGCACUCGAAGUGCUAUUAAAUCAUAGCACAGACUAAUCAGUGCAAUAUCAUUUGGAUAUAGCACAGUCCAUGUAAUUCGGUAUGCUCUCUGUGUGUAUCCAAGUAUAGAUAUAUAUGUGGAAUAACCAAGUGAGACAGCCAGUCUGAUAACUACUGUGUAGGCUAGAAAAUGGGUAGGCAGGGCACAGCCUAAUAGUCUGUCAUAAACUUUGUCUGAAUUAUGGACAUUGUAGAAAAUUUUUUCACCAUUACUAACACUGGUUCAGAUGAAACUCGUAGUAUUGGCCAUUCUAGUGCAGAAAGCACUCCAGCUGCCAAAACUGAUUGUAGCACCAUGUUUAGAAUUGUGCCUUGCAGCAUUGGAUGGCACAGUCCUGGAGCAGCUUGUGAGUCACCUACAAUAGAAUGCCCUUGUUAAUACUUGUGCAGUCAAGACUGUAGUCAGGUUUCUUUCUGUUAAAUGCUCUUCCACAUGCAGUGGAAGCAGGGGAGGGCAAAGCAGACUGUUUUCCUGAAGAGUGCUUCCUCCUUUCUUGUAACUGCUCUGUUGUUCAGUGAGCUGCUUCUGAUCCAUCAGAUCUUACCUUGUAUGACAAACAGUUUUGCCAAUCUUAUUCAGGAAUGGAACUCCAUCACGUGUGUGUGUGUUUGUGUGUGUGUGUGGGGGGGGGGGGGGGUAAAGAGUGACAAGAGAGAGCGAGAUUUCCUCUACUGUGUAGCCACCAUAUCUUUGUUGUACGAUGCAGAGUGAUUCGUAGAAAAGCUUUUAACAAUAAAUAAUUUGUUCCUUUGUAA